AGCAAUCAAGUGUAUCUGUACUUUAUUUAUGCCAGAAUUAACAGAAAGAGUCUAGAAACAAAGCCUUCUGCAUAGCCUUCUGAAGCAGUAGGGAUUAUUGCCUAAAUUCCCAGCCUUUCCCUCCUUACUGAAACACUACUAUCUAAAUGGUAGUUGGUGGACAGACAGAAAUGUCAGUAAAUGAAGUUCACUGACACAUAGCUUUAAUAGAUAAAUAUAAUCAUCUAUUUUUCUUGAAGACCAUUUCAUAACGAGAGCCAAGGAUUAUGCAUCAAGCUAACAUUAAAUUCAUCACUAUUUCUAGGUAAGUUCAGAAAAUCUAAACAGGGAAAGACUAAGACAAGUAUACCAAUUACUGCUUAUGCCAGAUAGCUCCAAUUAUUUUGCUGGAUUUUCACAGAUAAAGAUAUCUCAGUCAGGUUUUCUUUGUAACAAAACUGAACUGAAUGAGAAACUUCUGAAACAAAAUUAAAUAGGCACUACCCUUGCUUACAUCAGAAGUAUCUUUUAGAGAAAACAAAAAACAAACAAAAAAAACCCCCACAAGUACUGCUGCUUCCUUAACAACUGUUGGAAAAUGAUAUGGCAUCUAAUAGUAACAGAGGCUUAAGUUGAACUCCCUUUCUCUUUUUAGAACAGGAGUCUCAAAGUUUCAGAAGUUAAUCUUCCCCAGAAAUGCCAUCAGUUGUCUUAGUUACAAUACUGUCAAAAAUAUAUUAACUUUUUGUUUGGAGGCUCAAUGUCUUACAGAAAUAGAACUAGCUGUAGAGUUAUGAACUCCAUUAGUCUUGUGGCACAAUAACACUAUCAUGAACACCACAGGCUUGUUUGGAGAGUUCAGAGUAACUUUAGAUCUAUUUUUACGCUGGAAGUUGUCCUUACUUGGAAAGUUUGUGUACAUAUUUGUUGCAUUGAAUGGUCCAACUGUAGAGUAAUUCUUGCUAUGUAGCAUGUAAGGCAUCUGCUCAUAGCAUGUGUAGAGCACAAGUAAGCAGCCAGAAAACUGCUGGUUUGGUUCAACCACGUGUUGGUCUCUGGUUGUCCCCUCCUGGAAUUGUGUACAGCAGCAGUAACAAUUGCAAUGGAGAGUAGUGGUGAAAUAAAGAAAAAGGAAGAGUCUUUGGGAAAACCUUGUGGUGACAAUAAUAUACAUCCAUUUCAAAAUCAAACCAUAGAAAGAAAGUAAUCUUUAAAGCAAUUGUGCAUUAUCACAAAACCAUUAAGAUAAGCGACAAAUGAAUCUUUUUAAAGAUAGUGCCUUGAUGUUGGUGACUUUCCAGUUGUUCCCUCACCUGCAGACAUGACAUAGUAAUUUUGUCUUGUCAUUUAUUUGCCUCUGCAGGGGAUUCAAGAAUGCCCAGUCCCUCCUGGAUUUCUCAGCAGCACGCACGUUCCCAAAGACUGGCACUAUUUCUCUCUUUUUAUUGCUACUUAUGACAAUACCCAUCUUUGCCACUUGACUAUUUUUUUAGGCAAGUUCAAAUUUCACUAAAAAAUUCCAACAGAACUCUCUGUUUCAGAGAUCUGUCUUGCUGAGACGUCCCUCGUGUUGGCGAGCACCACCCUUAUUUUCAAAGACCUCGGGGAAAAUCAAGUGAAGAAGUACUGAGGAGAUCCUAAGGAGGUGCACACAAAGCGACCGCGGAAUUUCGCGGAGCGGAGGGUCCUUUAGUCAGAUAAAACCGCGGCCCAGCAGCGCGCAGCACGCUCGGGCCACACACAGCCGGCACUCGGCCGCCCGCGGCGGUCAGCAGGCACCGCAAUCGGGCGGGACAGACGCGGACCCGAACCAACCCGCCGCGCCCCGCAGCCCUGCGGGAAGCGGAAGAGCCGUUCUCUGGCCGUCAGGUGACCGGGAUGCGGAAGUCUUUCACGGGGAAGCGUUGUUUCCGGGGCUGUCCAGGCUGGUUGAGCCGCGUCGGCCGCAUUGAACGCUGAAGCUGAGGUCGUGGCCCACUAUGAGAGAGACUCUGCGGCCCCCAGGUGAGUAUGAAAAAAUAGAAUCUUAAAUCUGAGAAUUCUUUGAAAAGAGCUUUGGAACUUUAAAGAAGGAACAGUGAGGCUUUGGGAGAGUGGAGAAAAGAUGUCAACAGUAUGAGCUGGAAAAUCAGGAAGGGAUUAUGUAACGAUUGACUGUUGAUUAAGCAUUGAUUUACAUAAUCACUCCUGUGUAGACAGUAUUUUCACAACACUAAAUUUGUAAUGAAAUGGAGUCUGGAUCAAGCUCUUUCCGAGUGGAAUUUCCAGAUUUUUCUAGCACCAUUUUGCAGAAGUUAAAUCAGCAGCGCCAGCAAGGACAAUUAUGUGAUGUGUCCAUUGUAGUUCAGGGCCAUCUCUUCAGAGCCCAUAAAGCUGUUCUUGCAGCUAGUUCACCUUACUUCUGUGAUCAGGUUCUCCUAAAAAAUAGUAGGCGAAUAGUCCUGCCUGAUGUGAUGAAUCCAAGAGUAUUUGAAAACAUUCUUCUGUCUACCUACACAGGUCGGCUGGUAAUGCCUGCUCCAGAGAUUGUUAGUUACUUGACAGCAGCAAGUUUCCUUCAGAUGUGGCAUGUAGUGGAUAAAUGCACUGAAGUGCUAGAGGGAAAUCCAACAGUUCUUUGUCAGAAGAUGAAUCAUGGCAGUGACCAUCAGUCCCCAAGCAGUAGUAGUUACAAUGGCCUUACUGAAACCUUUGAACUUGGUUCUGGAGGGCAGACAGAAUUCCACAAAGUGCAGGAACUGAGGGAUGGUGAAAAUGAAGAAGAGAGUUCUAAAGAUGAGCUAUCAUGUCAACUGACAGAACAUGAGUACCUCCCCAGUAAUUCUUCAACAGAGCACGAUAGGCUUAGUACAGGAAUGACAAGUCAGGAUGGUGAAGAAGGAACUAGUGAUAGUGCUGAGUAUCAAUAUACCAGACCUAUAUAUAGCAAACCCAGCAUCAUGUCACACAAGCGGUGGAUCCACGUGAAACCGGAAAGAUUUGAACAAGACUGCGAAGGUGUUGAUAAUCCUUAUGAUGAACAUCAAGUUUCUGAAUCCAUGAAUGCCAUUCAGGCAGAUCAUUCAAUCCAGUCUUCGGGUGUUGAAGACUUUCAUAUAGCUGACAAAAAGAUGGAAGCAGAAUUUGAUGAACAGGCAGAUGAAAGUAAUUAUGAUGAGCAAGUUGACUUCUAUGGCUCUUCUAUGGAAGAAUUUUCUGGUGAAAGGGCAGAUGGAAAUUUAAGUGCUCACAGACAAGAUCUUAUGAUAGCAACAGGCUAUGGUGAAGGCAUUGAAAUGGCUGCAGGAAUUAAAGAAGAAACAUCCCUCACUGGAUUCUCUCAUGCUGAUAAGCUUUAUCCUUGUCAGUGUGGUAAGAGCUUUACACACAAAAGUCAGAGAGAUCGGCAUAUGAGUAUGCACCUUGGUCUUCGACCUUAUGGGUGUGGUGUUUGUGGUAAGAAAUUCAAAAUGAAACACCAUCUUGUUGGCCAUAUGAAAAUUCAUACAGGCAUAAAACCAUAUGAAUGUAACAUCUGUGGGAAAAGAUUUAUGUGGCGGGACAGUUUUCAUCGGCAUGUGACAUCUUGUACCAAGUCAUAUCAAGCUUCUAAAGCUGAGCAGAGUACUACUGAGAUGAACUGAGACAUUAGAGCUUACAUUUGUUCAGUACAGUAAUAAAAAUAAACUAAUUAUUCAAAUAGUGUCUGGUACUUGCUAUUGUGAAAUUCAAAUUCUUAAAAAACAAAUUUCAAUGAUUACACUGGUGUGAACAGACCAAAUGUUUUAUUUUCCACAAUACUGUUCCAGGUGGUGGCUGUGCAGUGGAAAUGGUUAAUACAAAAGGUGCUUACAAAAUGUGUUCUGUAAGGUCUUUGUGACAUUAAUUGCUAUCACAACAGUAUUUAGAAGCCCUGUUGUUUUCUGAGUCUUACAAAUUGACAGUAAAACCUAGCUCUAAAUUGACCCAAAUUGUACAAGUAUUUACAUGAAGCGGGAAUUCAAGUAGCCUUACUGGGGGGGAGGAGGGAAAUAAUAUUAAAAAGAAGUAGGAAAACUGUACUGGGCUACGCGGGUUGUCUGUUAAUAAAAUUUCUGUGAUUCAUGUUUUAAGGGAAAAAAAGCAGAAUUUCGCUUUAGACCAGAGACUGCCAAUGUACUCAACGUGCAUCAUUAAAUAGCCUGCAUUAUUAAAUAUCCCUUAUUGCAGUGCUUAAUGAAAGACUGUGUUAAAGGUGGUUUGGCUUUCCUCUAUCUGUCUUCCACUUUUUUAAAAUCUAUCUCCAGUAAGACAAAUGAUUGCUUAAUUUUGUGCUGGUUUCUCUUUAAAGAGUCUGUAAAGCACUUAGAUAUAGUUGAGCACUAUGUGAACUUUAAAUUGUAUUUAAUGCAAAUUUGUUUGUUCUUCCAGGGCCUAAUGCUAUACGAGUCUUGGCUUGAUUUUGAUUGUUACAUAAUGAGAGCUAUUGAAGUGUGUAUAAUAAGUAUAUCUUAUUUUAAAAAAUAAAGUAAUAUUUGGAACUUACCCAAAAUACUAAAAAUUCUAAGAUCUAACUGGAUAUUCACAUUUUUUGUGACUUACUACAGUAGCAAGUACCAAACUCUGUAGUUUCAUAAACUGACUUGACGUUUAUUGGUACAAAAUCUUGUUUGAGAACUUUUAUCUAGUUUUAGAAACAUGCUUUAGGGAAAUGAUUUAGGCAUUGAUAAUUCUUAGUUCUUUACUCUUCGAAUAGUAAGAAGUAAGAACUAUGAUACAGAUUCUUGGUACUGAACUACUGUGACUGGUUACAUAUGAUCCUAAGUAGCCAGAUCUGUUUACCUCUUCAAGUGAAGUUGCUUGUGGGGGGAAAGGGGAAGAUGUAGAAAUAUGAUGUUUGGAUCUAGUAAUGGUGCUGCAGAAGAUGGUACCAUGCCCAUGUCCAAGGUCUGGAUUUUCACAGGGAAAGUGACACUUUUUCAUUAGGAUGAGGAUCUCAUUCUCGGAGCUAGAUGGAGGAAUGUUUGUAGUUUUGAGAGAUGCUGCCAGCUCUGCAGAUAGAGUGAGUGCAUCACUUACAAAGGUGGCAACAGGAUUUUGGGGUUGAAAGCAUAGUGCAUUCCUAUGCAAAGCAAUAACCCUUCUCUGUACUUCACUAAAAUAUAAAAAGAGUCUUUAGAGUAUGCCUAGAAUAGAAAGAAGUGAUAUCCAAGCACAGUGUUUGUAAUGUGAGGAAAAAAGUUAAUAAGUAUCAAAAGCCUUCUAAACCUGUCUGGCUCCAGUUAAUGCAUCAAAUGUGGAAUGUGCAGAAUAACAUACUUAAACAGAUGACCCUGUAUGAUGAAGCAAAAUCGUGUGAAGGUAAUGCCAAUUUGGAUUCUUUUUUAAACUCCUAGUUACAACUUGUCUUGAGAUGCAACCAAACUGUAUUCUGAACAUCAGUGUCUUGUACAAGCUAGGAUUUAUUACUUGGUGGGUUGUAAUUGCUGUCACUUCUUUUCUGGCAUUCUACUUACAAACUUCAGUUUUUUAAGAGGCUCUAAAUCUUCUAAUGAUUCAGAUAUUUUUUCACACAGAAUGUUCUUAAAACAGAUACUCCCAAAUAUCAUGAAUCCAUUGCUGGCAAUGGGCAUGAAUGGUCAGCAUCAAGGAGUUCCUAUUCUUAGCACUUAAUUGAACUCUAAUAUACCAUGGUGGCCAUAUGUAUAACCCUUGUAAUCAAGGUAACUAAACAGGGAUUUGCUCAUUAACACUGUAACCUGCUUAACAUAUAGAAGCACUUUGUAUUUAAAAAGUAUAAAAAAUAUAUAUAUAAUUAUGUUUUUAAACUUAGAAAUGACAUUCCCUUUAUGGUUUAUUUCCACACUGCUAACACUGUCUUUUUUAAUACUAAGAAAAUUAUGAUGCUUGCCUGUUUACGUAAGUAUAGAGGAAAGGGUUCUUGCAGUCACUGGCCCGAUUUUUUCCAUUCUUCAAGGCCUUACUCUGCAUACAGGGCAUCACUUCUGCAAGUACCAUCAUCACACUUGUGAGGAAGUUAUAUUCAUACUCAUUUGAAGAAUGAUCUUGUAUAUUGCAUUGGUUCUCAAACCCUUUCAAAUUGUCACUUCAGUGCUGCAUAAAAAGAUGAAGGAUGUCACUUCCCAUUUAACCAAUAGAAGGCUGGUGAGAAGCACCAGGCUGAGAACCAUGGUCAAGCAAAUUAUAACCAUUAAAUCCAGACCACCUUACAGAGCUGCCAGCAAAACUGUUUCUUUUUACCAGUUUGGAAUGACUUUUAUAUGGGAUGUUUUGAAGUUGAAAAUUGCUCCUAUUUGCAGUUAGAUUACUUUAAAAUAAAGCUUUAAAAUGUACUGAGAGAGACACUUUAAAUGUUUUUAUAACAGGUCCAGUAGAUCAUAUUAUAGAACCAUAUCCUUUAGUGAUUCAGCAUGAAUAGUAUCUUUUAAGUAUUUGCUUGUUACUGUUUUACUCCGUAAUAUGACAUGAUCUGGAACUCCAGCAAAUGUUGCUGCACUGAUUUUUUUUUUUUUUUUUUUUAACAUUUGACUUUCUGAUGUUAAUUUACAUGAAACCAUCUGAUUGAAGGAAAAUAUUGAUAAGGUUAUUACAAGAGUUAAUUGAGAGGGUUGAGUGUUUAAGUGAAGCUUGAGGUACUUUUGUAAAAAUGUUACUCUUGUCUACCACAGGCAAAAAGCCGACUUGGAAUGCUUUCACAGAGCUUAACUUAUUGUGCUUCAACAGACUUCUAAAUACUGAUGGAGGUAUUAAGAAAAGAAAACAAAAAAUUAAACACUUUCCCUUCCUUAGCUCACCUUAACUGACGCCUCUCUUCCUCUCUGGCUUCCUAAUCUCAUUUCUGUUUGUUUUCACUGGGAGUUCCUCUAAAUCACUUUGUUUCAAUUCUCUUGGUGAGGUGAAAGUUUGCAUAAGAGGUUGGGGUCAUAUAUAUCCUUGCUUCUUAGUGGGUCACCCCUCCUGUGCCAGGCUUGUCAGUGUCACUACCCCUUGGUGUGGUUUAUCCAUGGAUUGUAGUCGUUCCUGGGGUGUGCUUGUUCUUGGUUGGGUCACCCCUGGGGCUCAGUUAUUUCAGAGGUGUACCUGCUCUAGCACAGCUUAUCCAUUGGUUGAAGUCCCAUGGAACUUCUCCUCUAGCAGUUUCUCCUCGAGCACCAUAUUACCUUCUGAGGGUGGAUCUUCACACUUGUCCUCAGUAUCUCCUUUGCACAUCUUCCUAUGAGCAUCUCUUCAGUUUCUUCUCAUGUGUUUCUAGCUUUGUUUCCUUAAGAGUAUCUCCUUUUUUAAUUCCUUGCACCUCUUGCUAGCAUUUACUGCUUGUUCUUAAGUGUAUUUCAGCAGAGGUGCUGUGCUGGUUCAAGAUUUGGCACGUAAUGUUUAUAUCAGUUUCAGUGCUAGCUAGAAACUGUUUUGACAGGCAAAGGGCAGUUUGUGACUACUGCCAUGUGUGCCACCUUUGCAGCCCACUGAAACCCAGCAGUUCAUACCCAGGACAGCUGUACACAGUAAAGAGAGAAAUGCAAAUGCAGCUUCUCCUGAGUUGUUAGUCACUGCUAGGGCAGUGAAUUUGUUCAAGAGAUUAUUUUUUUUUUUUUCCCCAUCUGUGAGCAGGAGGGAAGUGAUCAAUAUGUAUCCAAAUGCAUAUUUGGUAAAUUUCAUUCAUCUCCCCAUAAGCUUCAUUACUUUAAUGAUACAAUCUUGAAACUUCUGUGUAUUUUUAUAUUGCUUACUUCUGUUGUUGACAGAAGUAAGGUGAAUAUCUUCUGAAAACCAGGAUUACUGUACACAUAGGAGGCUAUCAAAAUUUUCUAUUAUUGUGAAGCCAUUCAUUGUCCUGUCAGUGGAAGAACAUCAUCUUCUGCUAUGACAGCUAUGUUCAUUUGCAUUCCAUUCUAGUACUAAGCUGUUAAUUACCAUGUAAUCUAUGUAACUGACAUUCCAAAAAAAAAAAGUACAAAAACUCUCAGCAGGGUUAGGAUGUCCUUUAGAUGUAUGUAUAUCUGACCCUUUUGAGGCAGAAGGUUAAUAUUUCACACACCACUGUUGUAGAUUCGUUACUGUUUUUUAAGUUCACCUUCAAAGUUGCAUGCAGCAACUAUCUUCAUUUAAUGGCUGAGCAGGUAGACUCUAGAAGGUACUGUCCAUUACAUUUUUGGUUUUACCUUUUAUUCAUCUGAGAUGUUUGUGUUUAAGAAACUUUGUCCUGGAUCAAAAGCAAGGGAGGGUGAUCAAAGGCUCAUAACACAGAAGUCCCUGUGCUGUUGAGUCUGAAAGAAUGAAGUUGCUUCUUUUAAUUUCAGCCCUUUUGUGCUGAAAGCUGAGGUGACCUUUCUCUGAAUUCUGAGAGCCCAUAUGCUGAGUAUUUUGCUUUAAUAGAAUUAGAACAUUUCUCAAAACAGAUGAAAGUUGCUUUUAUUUUUUAUCAUUUAAAUGCUUAAUUGGAUAGCUAGAGCUCUUCAGCUAUAAGCUGUAAGCUGACAGUGCCCUAGGGGAAGAUGCUGGAAAACAAAAUGGCAUAUUUUUAAUGUGAUUAAAUUGUAAGUUUUAAUUUUGCUUGAAGCCUGUGUCUGUCGAUUGCUGCUUUUUUUUUGUUGUUGUUGUUUUAUUUUGUUCUUCAUGGGAUUCCAUAUUUCUUCCAGAAAUAUAAGCGCUUAUGCAAGUCAAGUGAAUCUUCCUUAAUGAGCUAUAUGUUUUUAUUCUAAAAAGUCAUUUAUAAUAGUAAAACUGCAUAUCUUGAUAUUUUGUGAGAUGUUACGCUUGUACUGCAGAGGUUGGAUAGAUUUGUCUAUAAAUAUUGCUGUCUUAAUUGUACAGCAUGGUUUUAAUUUAAUGUUACUGUUCAAUAUUUUCUUCUUAUAGAAGAGUCUCAUGCCCCCUUUUUGUAUAACAUGUUUUAAUAAAUGUUAUCUGUCAACUUUGUAAUGUUUUCUUAAGCCUGAAUGAAAGGAAUGCAUGUCUAGUGCUAGUACUUAACAUUUCACUUUCACCAAAUUAAGUACUCAAACAAUACUUCAAAUCCAAAAUUUGUUCAUAUAUAACUUUAUUAAAUAUAUAAAGAAAAAGUU